CACUACCGUAUCAUUUAUGAGCACACCGUGGCCCGUGAUAUGUGACCACAAUAUAUAGUGAUAAUUGAUCAUGAUUCGUGAAUGGAAAUUAAUUAUGAAACAAGUGUGUUUGUGGAUUUUAUUAAUUAAUAGCGCGAAAGGACAGUUCGGAAGUAUAUCAAUAAGUUUAGAGAGGAAACCACGGGUUGACGAAGAUUCAAAUCUUGCAAGAUGUCCACCCAAUACAACAUGUGUACCAGUCAGUCAAUGUCCUCUAUUAGAAGAUUUGUUGGAUUAUGCAUGUUUCUCUUCAGACAGAUAUUUUCUCCGUUUGAAUGAAUUAACAUGUGGAAGCUCAAAUGAAGAAGAUUUUGUUUGCUGUCCGUCUUGUGAGUGUGGCCGGGUGUAUCAACAUGGCAACCCUGAAUGCGGACAGAGUAUGGUACGAGGGAUUGACUAUAAUGGUUUAGGGGCACAGCCUUGGGUCGCUAGAGUGGGUUUCGCAAACAAAGAUACGGGUAGUGUGAAGUUUGCGUGCACAGGCUCCAUCAUCGGCAAAAGGAUAAUUCUCACAGCUGCUCACUGUGCUUUGGCCAAACCGGAAGGGUACAAAUUAUCCACAGUGGUCGUGGGUGAAUGGGAUGUCAGCCGUAGUCCCGACUGUUCAGAUUUCUUCUGUGCUCCCCCGCCGCAAGCCCUCAAAGUUGAGAGCGUCUCCGUACACCCUGGAUACGAGCAGAAGAUAUUUAGACAUGACAUAGCACUCAUAAUUUUGAAGGAAGAAAUUAAAUACUCCGUGACGGCUGCACCUAUAUGCCUUAAUGACAUGCCAUUGGUUGUGGACGAACGGGCCUCGCUCGUGGGCUGGGGUAAACUGUCUGGACAAAGUACAUCGGCGAGUCGUCAACAACAGCUGGAAGUCCCAUUAGUCCCCUUAGAAACGUGUGAGCGGGUGUUCGGUGAAUCCGUGCCCAUACAUGAGGGACAAUUAUGUGCUGGGGGAGAACAGGGGAAAGACGCUUGUUCCGGCUUUGGUGGGGCUCCCCUGGUUAUGAAGAGGGACGGCAUGUUUGUACAGGUUGGCAUAGUGUCAUUUGGCUCCGAGAACUGCGGAAGCGAAGGUGUGCCCAGCGUAUACACCAAUGUGGGGCACUACCAUCGCUGGAUUGUCGAUAACUCACCUACAAAUUAAUUAAUUAAAACUCCUUAUAACCAAAUAGUCUAAGGGUCUGUUUCACAAUGUUUGAAUAGCUAUGCAACACAAAAAUUAUUCGGAAGAUAAAAGGUCCGAAUAGCGCUAUCUGAUAGUCAUGAAACGCAACAAUACUGUUUAUCCUACCAAUAAGUAAUAAAUAGCUUAUUUGGAACUUAUCCGGACAUUGUGAAACAAACCCUUAGUUUGAAACCCUUCAGCCAACUUUACCACUCGUUGCCAGCUGAUGAUCAAGAUGGAGUUGUCAGUAGGAGGUAUUGAGGACGGCAUAUUUUUGAGUUUUAUUCGGCAAGUGGAAGUUUCAUUGUGGUAUUGAUUUUACUAGAAAUAAACUGACAAAUGGUUUAUUUUAAGAAGGUGUUUUCGAUUUUCACCCGCUACCCCGGCGACACUUUUUAAAACAAAGCAUUAAUUAUUGUAUUAUAUUAUGAAUAUCGUGAUAGCAAGGUUUAAUUCAUCGUAUACAAAAUAUUUACAAUACACACCUUAUCAAGCAUGGAAAAUUAAUGUAAAUAAUGUUAUAUCAAGGCCUAUAGAAAAUCGAUGUAAAUUUAUCAACACGAGUGGUUUUGAAGUAAUUAUAUCUCUACCAUAUGUAAAGAAAUUAUUGUUAAGGCCUAAAUAAAAGUGUCUUUGAUAA